CUGCUUUUGUCGUAGUGCUAUUAAAUAGAGUAAAAACUAUGGUGCAGUGGCAUAAGCGGCUCAUGUGCUGGGCGGGUAAAAGUAAAAUUAAAAACCAAAUAUUCAAUUAAAUAUAUAUCAUUAUAUCAAUAUGCGGGACAAAGGGUCAAAAUACUGUGCAGUACAACACAAAGCGGGACACCUUAUCACCCUACAGAAGAAGUUUGCAGAAGUGCAAAGCAUGGUAUCACACAAGCAAUCAAGGCCUGUGUAUCUCAUUAUAAUCUAAAUAGUUUUUAAAUUGUGUUUUUUUUUUCAUUUCAAUCUUUGCAGCUACUUUGUGGGCAUGUGUGGAGAUGGCGCAAAUGACUGUGGUGCCCUGAAGCGAGCCCAUGGGGGGAUCUCCCUCUCUGAACUAGAAGCCUCUGUCGCCUCGCCAUUCACCUCCACUACCCCCAACAUCUCAUGUGUUCCCACCCUCAUCAGGGAGGGCCGUGCUGCUCUCAUCACUUCCUUCUGUGUGUUUAAGUUCAUGGCCCUUUACAGCAUCAUCCAGUAUCUCAGUGUCACGCUACUCUACUUUAUCCUGAGCAACCUUGGAGACUUCCAGUUCCUCUUCAUUGAUGUGGUCAUCAUUCUUAUCAUAGCAUUUACAAUGAGCCUGAAUCCUGCGUGGAAGGAGCUGGUGGCCCAGCGACCCCCCUCCAGCCUCAUGUCAGGGCCGUUGCUCUUCUCUGUGUUGACCCAGAUCAUGGUGUGCCUCAGCUUCCAGGCCCUCGCCUUCGUCUGGGUGCAGCAUCAGAGCUGGUACGAGAAAUGGACACCUCUCUCAGAUGCUUGUAAUACAUCGCGAGUAGGACUCUCCAUCAGUCCAAACACAACUCAUCCUACAGACCACAAGAACAUCAGGAACUACGAGAACACCACCCUCUUCUACAUCUCCUCUUUCCAGUACUUGGUGGUGGCCAUUAUUUACUCUAAAGGGAAGCCUUUCAGACAGUCCAGCUACAAAAACUGGCCUUUUGUGUUGUCCUGUAUUAGCCUGUACAUAUUCCUCUUCCUCAUCAUGCUAUAUCCGGUGUCAGCCAUUGACAACUUUCUGGAGAUCGUGUGUGUUCCAUAUGAAUGGCGAAUCACCAUGGUGAUCAUCAUUGUGGUUAAUGCAGUCGUGUCAUUUGUCUUAGAGACUUUGGUCCUUGACGUCAUCUUAUGGAGGUUUGUAUUCGACGAAGACAAGCUGGGAAAGGAUGGGGCGGUCCCUGCUGCCCAGAACACUCAGCUAAGUAAUGACCAGUGGGGGUCCAGGUUCCUUGCUUGGACGUUUUGUCGGAACAGGAAGACCCCUCAGACUCGCUUCAUCCAGCUCGCCCAGGAGCUGCAGGAUGACCUGGACUGGCCCCCCAGACCACAGACCUGCACCUACGGCACGGCGCCGCAUCACUCCCUCAUCCUCUGAACCGUCCCCUUCUCUGCAGACUUUGAAAUGUAGUCUUGGGGGAACCAACCUGUGUGAGCACAGUGAGCACAGAACACCGGUUCUCAGGUCUCCAUUUACCCCAAUCCAGCAGCGAAGGUAUUCAACCAAAACACCGUACGUGCAAAAUGCUGGAUGUUGUCUUGCCAAGUCCCUUUAACAUCAGUGUUGGGGUUAACAGAGAACCUAAGGGGGCUCUGAUUUCCUGCGAAAGCAGCUCUUGCUGCAGGUGUUCAUCUUUGACACACUAGGUUGCUAUUAGAUGGCUGACUGCACUUUAAAUAUCUUUAGACUGAUAAACAACGUUAACACAUCAGUGCCACUCUUGCUCAUCGCAGGUGGGGUUGUUUCAGUUGUCAGUUUAUGGGCAACUUCAAUGACGCAUAUGCAAGUUUGAUGUUCCAGAGGACAUUAAUUUAAGUAAAAAAAAUGUCAUGUAUUUUUCUAUGUCUUUUAACCUGAUACAUCCUACAUCAUCUCUACUUUUACAAACAAAU